AUGGCAUUUCCCGACAAGAGUAAAGCUGCGGGUGGUCGCUUCGGCGGCUUCUCAACCUCGUCGACAACCCUCUCAUACCUAGCCCCGCCUCCAGACUUUUCUGCCAUACCACAGGAGGUCGUGGUACCGUUCAAGAAUCUUUCGAAGAAGGCUAGCACCACAAAAGAGAAGGCAUUGCAAGACAUCCUUUCCUACGUUCAGAGUCUUGGGCCAGACGCUGGGCAAGCUGUUGAGGAGUCGAUUGAGCUCUACCCCCGGCUAUCGAUCGACGACUCUGCCAGAGUAAGAGAACUUUCCCACCAGCUACUUUUCCAACUCCUGAAUGCGGCGAAGAAGCGCAUGGCCAAGAAACUGCCGGCCUUCGUGGGCCCAUGGCUUGCUGGGACCUUCGAUAGAGAUAAGCGUGUUCUACGUGCUGCCACCGACGCAUUGGGUCCUUUCCUACAAACAAAGGAGAAAGAGGAAGCAUUUUGGAAGGCCGUGCAAACCCGGGCCCUCGAAUUCGCAAUCGAGGUCAUUAAAGAGACCCCAGACACGCUAAGCGACGAAAGGUCGACCACGAAGCAAGACUCUGACGCCAAAUACUACCGGGCCGUUAGUGCCAGCCUCUACUUGGCUUUGCAUCUAAUAAGAAAGGGAGACAUCGACUUGCUCCAGAGCGGUUUGGCCGAUUAUUUGCAGGUAGAUGCUCUUUGGACCUUGCCGAAAGCAGAUGACGGGUUUGUUCGGAGAGCGUUCUAUCAAUUACUUCGCGCACUGCUCGAGGUCAAGCCCGAAAUCCUGCAACCCCGAUUACAAUCGAUUGGGAAGGCGCUCGUUGCGGACAGCAUGAAGAGCAGCCAGCCCGGGUCCGCAACCGAGCUUCUCGACGUCUUGACGGCCUUGACAAAGCGGUUUCCCCAAGUUUGGGGCACCCAGAAGCAUCCUUUACAGCGUAUGCAGCAAUUCGUCGCUCAGGGCUCCCAAGGCGGUGCGGAAAAGUACUGGCAGUCGUUGGAGCGCCUUCUCCGGGUCUUUCCGGAGAGCACGCCUUCCCUAGAGGCCGUGUCGAGCUUCCUCAGCUCUAUGCGGAGAGGGAUUGCGGACAGGCUUGAGACUCGUUUGGGCCGAUACCAAGCCUUCCAAUCCUAUGCCCAGGUGUUCGAGAUCUUCCUCCGUCAAUCGCCUUUACCAUCAGGUUUCCUGGAGGAGAACCUGUCCAACAUCACACGGCAGUACCUUCAUCCCACGGCCGAGUCUUCCGUACCAUCUCCCCAGCGGCCCGAACCUCUAUCAGAGGCUUGGGCGAUAGUGUCCCAACAUCCUGACGAAAACACACGCGGAGCAUUGGCAGAGGAAUGGCAAAAGCUGGGUACCGCUGUUCUUUCUCGCAUGUCCAACGCUCUGCCCGAGGUGUCUGAAGGGUAUCAGAAGUCGCAAGCUGCCAUUUCUUCCGAAGGCGAACGCUGGUUUGCAUUAGUGGCUAACGCCCUGUCCCGAGAGGGGGAUAACAGCCUGCCGCUAUCCGCUGCGGUCACGGCAGCUUCGACGGAAAUCUUACACGGUGCCCUUGGCCUGUUGACUAGGAGGAACUUCAAGCCUUAUGGAGCUGCCGCUGUCAUCCAGUCCGCAUUCAGGCAUUGCUCUCGCUUGUGUGCCGACAACAACUUGCUGUCCCUUCUGUAUCCGCCGGGCCAGGCCGGAAUGUAUGAGGUGAUCGCAGCCUCUCCCUCCUUGCCAUAUCUAGCCUCAGAUCUGAAUACUAUUCAGGGAGACACAGACAACCGCUUUGGGAGCAUUUGGACUUCGCUUGUUAGGGCAGCUGUUGAGCUCUCUGAUCGCGCAUUGGCUGUUUCGGCUGUCAGAGUACUCAUCGGGGUGCCCUCCGUCGCUACGUAUGCGCAGGAUCUCCCCGCUCUUCAGAAAUUCCUAGUCACUGCGUGGAAUGAGCAUGCUAAGGGUGGGGGCUUGCCUGCUCUCAAGGAUAUCUGCGAGGCCACUUUGUCCUACGACACUCUAACGAAGGAAUCUUGGACGGCUAUUGCAGAUGACGUUGUCUCCCACUUGGAAGUUCCAGAAACAACCCGGUCGGCUCUUGUGACACUGGAGCUUGCCCUUAAGAAAAGGCCUGAGCUCUUUCAAGCAAACGAUGACUUGCAUGUGCGGCUGGUUACUGGCCUUCUCGCAUUGACCGAGCUUUCCGAUGCUGGGCUAUCUGAAAAGGCGAAGAAGUUAAAGUCGCUGCUUAACGAGCAACCGACCGGACAAAGUCACGUCGCCAGGAUUCUAGAGAACCAUCUCAGUGAAGCUGGCCCUGCUUCUCUUGAGGUACACACCCUUGUCCAACAAGCCCUGACCGCUCUCACAUCCGGGGCUGUGCCGGCAGAGGAUAUCUUCCCGAGUUCAACGGUGUGGAUGAACGAGCUUGGUUGCUUCCUCGCCCGACCUCCAAAUCCAUCCUUGUCAUUGGCGAGCAGCAUGGGAGGCGCAUACUUCCUGGUACAAGGGAAUCCGAACGCCACAACACCCAUACCUGGUCGGGACAGCGGUGGGCGAUCCAUCCCCGCCAGGAUGGCUCUGUUCACCGCCAAGCUUCUAUCGUCCGGCGUUCAGUUGUCCUCCGUACCACCGGAGUUCCAACUGGAGCUUGUCUACCUCCUCUGUCUUACAGAAGCCAUCGUUGGAGACCAGCUUUCAGCUGGGCAAGCAGCCGGCUUGUGGAGCGGUGGGUCGGAAACAGAAGCGGACGUGCAAGAAUUCUGCGACCUGAGCUCAGCGGCAGUCCGCGCCGUCGUUGCCGACUGUGGGAACUGGGCAGACUGGAAUAUGUCCGGUGAUUCCUUGGUGGAGCGCUUGAUCAACUUCAUGCUCCACGCAAGCAUUGGCCUGAGCCCGCCUGCGUUCUACGCCGCCAAGUGUCUGAGUUCCCUUCUCCAACUUCUAGUCCAAACCCACGGUGGCACCCCAGCCAUACUCGAGGAGUGGCUCGUCAAACUGGGGGUAAUGAAGGCUGCGCCCAACACCACCCUGAUCACGGCUGCCUUCCUUACCGGGUUUGGUGAGGCGCUAGUCUCGUCCAAGGUAACCGCAACGCUAUGUGCUCGUCUCAUCAGCGAGAUACCAGGCUUCCCCGCGUUCUCUGAUCGGUUUCCUCGCGCUCUUCCGUCCUUGGUGUUACUCAAUCUUUGCCUCGAUGUGUAUGAGGCCGGUGAAGUGCCGGUCGAGACCCGAAAACAGGUUCUUGCCCUUCAGCAGUUUACCAAGUGGGCAAAUAUACCAGAAGAGCUGGGGUACCAACCCGCUGCUGAAAUCUGCAAGGCCAUCGCUCGUAUUCUUCCCGGCACGAAGGACACGUAUGGUUCAUACUGGGAUCAAGCCAUCAACUACUGCAUUUGGCUAUGGAACAGGGUCCCUGAAGAUUCUCCGGUGGAACGACUGCCAUACCUGUACGCUUCGUUGAAGUUGAUUCGGGCGCUUCGCGCCGUCGAGGAACCCAACGACGACCUUGAAGAGGCCCUCUCAAACCAUAGAGAGGCCGAAGUGACUGGACUUAUUGCGCUUCUCGCCGCUAAUCUGCCGGACGAGUUACUGUCGCUACUUCUCAACGCCCCCAACCCCGAUGACUAUACCGACGAAGACCUUGCCCAGUUCCCAGUCAGCAUCCGUUCAUACUUGUUGGCGUGGCAUCUGGUGUUCGAUGCCUACAGCAAAGCUUCCUUCCGAGUCCGCAGCGACUACACGGACAAUAUCAAGAGCGGCCGGCAUCUCGAUCCUUUACUUCGCUUCCUCGUCGACGUUCUCGGGCAUGCUCUUGCCCGGGCGCUUGACCUCGACAAGGAAGGCUUCACGGCGGAGCACAUCGUUUCUUACAGCAUCGACCUUGCAGAGUCAGAACCAGCCGAGCGUGACAUGAACUGGCUGUUGAUCCAUCUCUUCUACCUCAUCCUCAAAUACAUCCCCGGUUUGUUCAAGAUGUGGUACCUUGAGUGCCCUUCAAAACAAACCAAAAACACCGUUCAGACCUGGAUGCAGAGGUUCUUUUCGCCACUCGUCAUCGCAGACGCAUUGGACGAGGUGGUUGAAUGGUCGUCGAAGCAGGAGAAAACAGACGACGAUACGGAAGAAGUCAUCGUCAAGGUCAGCAAGGCCGCGCGGGAGAUCAGUGCCGGGUACCCAGUCGAUGACGACGCUGCCACCAUCUCCCUGCGUGUUCCCACCUCAUACCCUCUAGACCCAGUCGAUGUGGUUAGCGUGAAGCGGGUCGCGGUUCAAGGAGGACAAGUGGCAGUCAUGGCUGAAAGCAACCAAGGCCGUGAUCAUGUUCGGGCCUCGUCGAUGGCCUAA